GCCCUGCCCGCUCCAAGUCGGCGUCCAAGUCGGCGUCCAAGUCGAGGCCCAGCCGCAGCCUCCGGAGUUGGCCGCAGACGAGAAGGGGAGGGAGCGGGAGAGGGAGGAGAGCGCCGGAGCGAGCCGGCCGAGCGCCAUGCGCCGCGCCAGCAGAGACUACACCAAGUACCUGCGUGGCUCGGAGGAGAUGGGCGGCGGGCCCGGAGCCCCGCACGAGGGCCCCCUGCACGCCCCGCCGCCGCCCGCGCCGCACCAGCCCCCCGCCGCCUCCCGCUCCAUGUUCGUGGCCCUCCUGGGGCUGGGGCUGGGCCAGGUCGUCUGCAGCGUCGCCCUGUUCCUCUACUUCAGAGCGCAGAUGGAUCCUAAUAGAAUAUCAGAAGAUGGUACUCACUGCAUUUAUAGAAUUUUGAGACUCCAUGAAAAUGAAGAUUUUCAAGACACAAGUCUGGAGAGUCAAGACACAAAAUUAAUACCUGAUUCAUGUAGGAGAAUUAAACAGGCCUUUCAAGGAGCUGUGCAAAAGGAAUUACAGCAUAUUGUUGGAUCACAGUAUAUCAGAGCAGAGAAAGCGAUGAUGGAUGGUUCAUGGUUAGAUCUGGCCAAGAGGAGCAAGCUUGAAGCUCAGCCUUUUGCUCAUCUCACUAUUAAUGCCACCAGCAUCCCAUCUGGUUCGCGCAAAGUGAGUCUGUCUUCUUGGUACCAUGAUCGGGGUUGGGCCAAGAUCUCCAACAUGACUUUUAACAACGGAAAACUAAUAGUUAAUCAGGACGGCUUUUAUUACCUGUAUGCCAACAUUUGCUUUCGACAUCAUGAAACUUCAGGAGACCUAGCCACAGAGUAUCUUCAGCUAAUGGUGUACGUAACUAAAACCAGCGUCAAAAUCCCACGUUCUCAGACCCUGAUGAAAGGAGGAAGCACCAAAUAUUGGUCAGGGAAUUCUGAAUACCAUUUUUAUUCCAUAAACGUUGGAGGAUUUUUUAAGCUACGGUCUGGUGAGGAAAUCAGCGUUGAGGUCUCCAACCCCUCCCUACUGGAUCCAGAUCAGGAUGCAACGUACUUUGGGGCUUUUAAGAUUCGAGAUAUAGAUUGAGCCCCAUUUUGUGGAGUGUUAAUGUAUUUCCUGGAUGUUUGGAAACUUUUUUUAAAACAAGCCAAGAAGGAUGUAGAUAGGCGUGUGAGACUACUAAGAGGCAUGGCCCCAAAAGUACGAGACUCAGUAACCGAGCUCUUGACCCUAUAGAGAACACGCGUAUUUACAGCCAGUGGGAGAUGUUGGACUCAUGGUGUGUUACACAAUGGUUUUUAAAUUUUGUAAUGAAUUCCUAGAAUUAAGCCAGACUGGAGCAAUUAUGGGUUGACCUUAUGAAAACCUGCAUGUGGGCUAUGGGAGGGGAUAGUCCCUGCUCAUGUGCCCCUAUGCAGCCAAAGUGGAGAGGGUAUCAUCCAGUGCAACUGAAGGAUCAUUUGAAGGGGUAAAUUCUUUUGAAUUGUUACAUCAUGCUGGAACCUGCAAAAAAUACUUUUUCUAAUGAGGAGAGAAAAUAUAUGUAUUUUUAUAUAAUAUCUAAAGUUAUAUUUCAGAUGUAAUGUUUUCUGUGCCAAUUAUUGUAAAUUAUAUUUGUGCUAUAGUAUUUGAUUCAAAAUAUUUAAAAAUGUCUUGCUGUUGACAUAUUUAAUGUUUUAAAUGUACAGACAUAUUUAACUGGUGCACUUUGUAAAUCCCCUGGGGAAAACUUGCAGCUAAGGAGGGGGAAAAUGUUGUUUCCUAAUAUCAAAUGCAGUGUAUUUCUUCAUUCUUUUUAACUGAAUAGAUUUUUCAGACUUGUCAAGCCUGUGCAAAAAAAUUAACAUGGAUGCCUUGAAUAAUAAGCAGGAUGUCGGCCACCAGGUGCCUUUCAAAUUUAGAAACUAAUUGACUUUAGAAAGCUGACAUUGCCAAAGAGGAUACAUAAUGGGCCACUGAAAUCUGUCAAGAGUAUUUAUAUAAUUGUUGAACAGGUGUUUUUCUACAAGUGCUGCAAAUUGUAAAUUUUUUGUUUUUUUCAAAAUAGAAAAGUUAUUAGUGGUUUAUCAGCAAAAAAAAAAACAAUUUUAAUUUAGUAAAUGUUAUUUUAUACUGUACAAUAAAAACAUUGCCUUUGAAUGUUAAUUUUUUUGGUACAAAAAUAAAUUUAUAUGAGAACCUGC